AUCAUCAUUGGUUGGCAGGAGCAUCGGCUUCUUCCCACAGCCUAUACCGCCAUUGUUAGCACUUGAGAACCCUGCUGCGCUUCCUUAUCCUCACCCACGAGGAUGGCUUCCAUUUCUACUUGGUAUCACAAUCAGUAUUCAACUUGGAAUCGCACUCGUCGUCUACACGCUACUCCUUACCUAGCUCGCACAGAUACCCACACAUCCCGUACUGCUACCUCCAUGGCUCGUACAAAUACACAGGAUGCCGUCAUCAUCAACAUGGAGGAUACCACAACCAAGAAGGAGAAGAAACAGGAGACCCUCUUUGGGCCCAACAUUGGUGUUGUCAGCGCUUCGCCCCAGUGGGCUCAAUCCAUGGGACAGAAGGUUCCCGCAGAUAACGUCUCUUCUCACAUCAUCCAGAACUGGAUUACAAGGAGCAAAGAGCCUUCCCAACCAACAACUACUCUCCAGGCGUUGGUUAAUCUCAAGCGGCCGACGCUCCGCUUGUGUCCUUUGACUAUCUCACCGGGAGAUGAUCCGGAGCAUGUCGAUUCUCACCACCACCACGGCCUGGAAUUCGAAUACGAUUGCGACGCAGCCAAGUGUCGCAUAAACGUCAAUGUGGUGCUACCUGGAGAUCACCCCUUUGCAGAGACCAUAGAUAGCACAGGCUACUCGUGCAUCUCUGUUUUCGAAUCCGUCGUUGACGGAGGUUUUGGUAAAAUGCUCCAGCUAGAAGAAGGUGCAACCCUCGAAUUAGGAAGGUUUGAGCAAAAGCAGACCGAGGCAGAGACCGCCUCUUCCCAGGCGAUCGGAGCCCCCGAGUCAUCCCGAGCAGCAGAUGGCGUUGAUUCCGCUCCUGCUAGCAGCAGGAAUGAACGUGUACGGAAACGCUUUACGGGAUUCAAUUUCCGGAAGCGUUCCGCUGACAGGUCUGUGUCAGGACCUGCACUUGCCGUCGUUGAUGUAGAAGCAUCUGCGCCCACCGUUGAAGGAAGUAAUGAGAAGGAGAAUAAAGAGGACUUGGAGGACGGUGUCCGGGUCACUAUCCGGUUGUCGGCGUUGGACGAGGAUGGUAUUGACCUGGCUGUGGCUAACGAGCAAGUAACAUACCUCCAUGUCGUCCGUUUUGGCGCUCCUCCCGAGGACGAAAAAGAUGACUCUAGGCCUUGGGUCGUCAAGGUCGUGAAGCGUGAAGCCACAAUUGGACCUCACACAUUCCAGCUGCACGAGAUUUACGGUCUUUCCUCUCAGUCUACCUCAUCCUCUCAACCACAGGCGACUUCUCCCGCUGCGGACGCACACACUUACCCGCCCGCGUCUGCACCCGCAGCGCCUGUGCACGAAGAUGAGCCAUCAUCCGAGUGUUUACUAUGCCUUUCUUCCCCGCGUGAAGUAAUCUUACUACCUUGCCGCCACCUCGUCGCAUGCAAGGAAUGUGCCAUCAACAUGGUUGAAUUCGGUGCAGGCGGCAACAUUAUCCACACCGACGAAGCCACAACUGCAACCACGGGCGGUGAAACUUCCGCUACAGAAGCUCCAGCUCCAACACCCGCCACGAUCUCCCAGAACAUCCGGAGAAAGCGAAAGGCAAAAGGCUGGUUCUGCCCCGUCUGCCGUCAACCUUACACCUCGCUCUUGCGGAUAUCAACGGCACCUCCGACAAAGGAUAUAUCUGACGACGAACAUCGUACAUCCAUCGAUGGGCACGAGCAUGAAGAUGACGAGCACGACCACGAACACGAACACGAACACGACCAUGAGCGUGAGGACGAGGAUGACGAGCACCCUCUGUCCACCGGAGCACCAGCAUCUGGUCGCAUGUUUAAUAGUCUCCGCUCAGGCCUCAUGCGUCUGAGCGUGGCACGUUCUGAUGGCGGGCACACCGCCGAGGGCACAGAAACCCAGCAUCCCACAGAGGUGCCUGCGUCAAUUGUUUAGGGAUCGAUGGCUCGACCAGUGUUUGUUGUAUGUGAUGUGUAGGCUGAUGUAGGCUGAUGUAGUACUCUAUAUGGUUUAGGCUGGGUUACUAAGGCCAUGUUUGUGGUUGGCUCCUUGUUUACGAACACUCAAUUUUUUUUCGUACUGAUUACUCGUAUUGUUUUAUGUCUAGUUUCGUUUCACUCUUGGAUCUUCAUUGUACCGAUACCGUACUCUUAAAUUAUCGGGUGCAAAUUAUUAAAAAUGCCAUGAACUGUA